AUGGACCCUGCAAGUGCCCUUGGAGCCGUUCUCACGGCGCUUCAAUUAUGUACAUCUGUGCUCAAUAUAGGAAACAAAGUCCACGGCGAGUUAUUCGGCGAUGAUAAGAGUGUCGAUAAGUUGAGACAACUCAAUGGCCGCCUUCAAAUACUUGCCAAGGUUUUUGAGAACAUAGUAGAACAGACGAGAGAUAGUGAGCACGGUGUUGUCGAGCAAUUCCAUGGAACGCAUACUCUAGAAAAGACUCUUGACGAAUGCAAAGUCUUCCUUAAUAAUUACCAAAAGGCGCUUUCGGAAUCGGGCCGCAGAUCAACUCUUCAACGAGCUAAGUUCAUCGUUGGAUCCGACGAAACUCGACUAGAACGAUACAACAAACGCAUCGACCAACAUUAUCUAGAACUUCAAGAAUGGAGAUCGGGUGUAUUGUCGAAAAAAAUCGACGAAGUGAUAGCAAGAACACACAAUACACCCUCAUCUACAACAUCGCAUGAAAAGUCUCAUUACUCUACACCUCCUAGUCAUUUGCUUGAUCGAAGACCGCAACGAACUCUCACGGGCGACACACUGCUACCAAGUUCACCACGUCUUAGCCCUGACUCACCCGGCAUACAGUCAGUGUCGCGCACACCAUCGUUAGCAUCGAUACCGGAAUCACCCCUAUCAGUAAUUUUGCCAUCCGGAGUCCGCAGUCGUAAGGCGUCUCAGCAGUCUAGAGACCAUGGUGGACAAGUGGUAUCACCAGCACAUUUAUUGUUGACACCUGGAACGGACCCCGCGAAUUGGGGGUAUGCCUCGGCCAUAGAUUCCACAACAGUAUCGCGGACGAGUUCUGAGGUGCGAAGUCGUGAGGAUGUAUUUGGACAAAUCUCACCUCACAUAUACCCAGGGCCACCCUCUGUGACUGGCAUGGAAGCACCUUUUGCCUCGCCCUUGAGCGAUUCUCAUAGUGCAAUUUUGGUGCUGGGUAAACGAAAAUGGACAUUCAAGGCUGCAUCAUGUGCUAUCAGCGAUGUGAAGGGGGUACAGGUCUUGGUAUGGGCUAAUAACACAACGAAACUAAGUCACUAUGUCCCAACACCCGUCUCCAAAAUUCCACAUACGAGGCCGUCAAAUCCAGGCGACACGAGAUUUGAAGUUUCUUUCUUGCCGUCGAGCUAUAAGCAUAUUUUUGAGAUCAUUGAACAUGGCGUUACCGAAGAAGUGCACGAGAAGCCCAGGUAUCAAUUCGUCUAUAAAACAGAUAGAGAUGCAUUUCAACAAAAGUUUCGUGGUCAUCAAUUCCUUGAGAUGGUACAAGCGAGGAGCAUCCGUGCCCAGAGUGGUAUCAUUGCCCAGGUGGUGCAUCUUAAGGUCUGGAGUCGAAAUGAAUCAGAUGAGGAACCAACAUUUUCAUUUGCCCGACACGGCGCAAAAGAAAGCAACCAUCAGGAAGAAUACAAGAUUCGAUGGUUCAGGAAGACGCCAGAACUAAGGGAUACGGCGAAACUCGUGCUUGGAUUCUACUCUCCUAACGCCGAUCUCGAGUAUGGCAAACCGCCCGAGACACCGAGCAGGAAAGCGUCCAUGAUCGAAAACUUUGGAAAUAUGAUGCGGAGGCAGUCGGGCAGCUCAAGCAAGUCACGAUCACCAUCUAUUAGCACGACACCGCAGGUGUUAUAUGACAGGACCACCAAAGGGAUCAUACCCAACGCAGAUGUUCAGCACAUCGCCUAUCUCGAGAUUGAGUUUGCGUCCCCGAAAUUAAGAGAUGCCUUCAUCAAUGCAUGUUACGAAGCAGAUCGCAGAUCAGUCUUGUCAAAAAGAAACACCGCCAUCUCCGAUGGACUACCAAGUCCGCAAGUCAGUUCGCGACCGGCUAGCCUCCUCAAUGUACCCUUUGAGAGGAGUCCUAUAAGUGAAUCUCUCCGAGGUAUGCACGAGUCGCCGACAUUUAAUGUACCGCGAUAUGCACCGACCCAGUUGCAGGACUUGUCACAUUAUAGUCUGUCUGAACCGUCGCUAGACUCUGCACAAGACGUUCGCGUGGCGACACUAGACUAG